AUGCUGUCGUCACUCCAUUCAACGAUGAUAUUAAACGAAGCUGAACAGCAAGCAAUUCGAGACGGUCGUGUUAAUCAACUUGGUGGUAUGUUUAUCAACGGAAGGCCGUUACCGCAUGAAUUACGAAUUCAAAUUAUUGAAUUGGCUUCGCAAGGAAUUCGUCCAUGUGUUAUCAGUCGACAACUUCGUAUUUCCCACGGAUGUGUUAGCAAAAUCUUAGCUCGAUAUUCAGAAACGGGAAGUAUAAAGCCUGGUGCUGUAGGCACAAGAAAACAACGUCCCGUAACAACCAAUGAUGACAGUACAGAUUCAAAUGAAGAAAAAAAUAAUUCGUUGAAUGAAUCAUUACCAGCAAGACCGAAUAGUGCUGCACGACGUUAUCGUACAAGUUUUAAUCAUGAACAAACACAAGAAUUAGAACAUUUAUUCCAAUCGACACAUUAUCCUGAUGUAACAACGCGAGAUGAAUUAGCUAAACGAAUGGGUUUAAGUGAAGCACGUAUUCAGGUAUGGUUUAGUAAUCGGCGGGCACGCUACAGAAAAACUCAAUCAUCGCAUGAAUUCACCGUUUCAUAUGACGACAAAAACAAUGAGAAUACUCAGAUAUUUUGUGGCCCGCCACCACCAAUGUUCGAUUCCGACAUUAAACCUUAUUUGUCUUCUACUUCACCUUAUAUAUCAUCGAGUGAUCCAUCAUACCACUUACCCUAUUUCAAUGAUUUAACAGGGAACACAGCAAAUUAUCAUUCACAAUUUUAUGCCAACACACCGUCGUAUAAUUUUUCAACGAAUUAUUCUUAUUUUCCAUCCUCGUCUUUCCCAUAUCUACAUCCAUACUGA